CCACACAGAAACUAAAACCAUCCUUCAGAUUCUACAUCGACUCUGACCGCACUGAACACAUUGAAAUAAGAAGAAUCAUGGAUUACUAUGGGAAGUACGCAGCGGUCACUCUAGUCAUGUUGUCCGUAUUUCUGCAUAUUCUUCAUUCUUUUCCUGAUGGAGAGUUCCUCAUGCAGGGUUGUCCAGAAUGCAAGCUAGGGGAGAACAGGUUCUUCUCAAAGCCAGGAGCUCCCAUUUACCAGUGCACAGGAUGUUGUUUCUCCAGGGCUUAUCCCACUCCCAUGAGAUCAAAGAAGACAAUGCUGGUUCCAAAGAACAUUACAUCAGAGGCAACAUGCUGUGUAGCAAAAGCCUUUACAAAGAUUACCCUUAAGGACAACGUGAAGAUAGAGAACCACACAGACUGUCAUUGCAGUACCUGCUACUAUCAUAAAUCUUAA